AUGGACAUUGCGAUGUCACUUUUUAAUGUUCGUGAUCAUGAAGGUUAUGUCGGGAAAGAAGAUCAUGAUAAAAAGAUGGAAGCUCCUACAUCCGAUGAAGAAUAUGAGGCAGAAGAUGCAGGUUUAUCAAAAGAAAUCUUGUCUCCAGCACCCGGUGGACCAUUCUCUGCCUUAACCGCGUCAAUGUGGCCCCAAGAUAUUUUGGCAAAAUUAAAUCAACCAGAUGAUCCAAAUUCACAACCUGAAUAUAGGUUUGAUGAGUUUGGUUUUCGCGUAGAAGAAGAAGAUGGACCAGAGCAAAGUUCUAAAAAGUUAUUGGGAGUCCCGUUCGUCGAAGAUCCACAGCAUAGAUUACAGUGGAUCGCCCUUUUGGAAUUUAGCCAUAACAGAGAAGUGGCAGAACUUACUUGGCAAAAUGUGGAUCGACACUUACCCCGCACAGAUAAAUUACGUGAGAUGGUUCGACAAGGGAUACCACAUUCGCUUAGACCUCAAAUCUGGUUGCGAAUGUCUGGUGCAUUGGAAAAGAAAACUGCAUCUGAAUUGACGUACAAAGAUAUAGUAAAGGUAUCGAGUAACGAUGCGUUAAUGACAAGCAAACAAAUAGAGAAGGAUUUGCUUCGUACCAUGCCAGCUAACGCAUGUUUUAGUCAUUAUAAUAGCACUGGAAUUCCUCGCUUACGUCGAGUUAUGCGAGGUCUAGCUUGGCUGUACCCUGACAUUGGGUACUGUCAAGGAACUGGAACAAUGGCCGCAUCCUUCUUACUGUUAUUAGAAGAAGAAGACGCGUUCUGGAUGAUGGCUACUGUAGUCGAAGAUUUGUUACCUGCCUCAUAUUAUUCUUCAACAUUAUUAGGAAUACAAGCAGAUCAACGGGUGCUCCGAACACUUAUAGCCAAUUAUUUACCAGACAUAGAUCACGUAUUAGUUCAGCAUGACAUCGAAUUAAGUCUCAUAUCGUUGCAUUGGUUUUUGACUUUAUUCGCAUCGGUAGUUCAUAUGAAGAUUCUUUUACGCAUCUGGGAUCUUUUCCUCUUUGAUGGUUCAAAAGUUUUAUUUCAAAUAACCCUCGGAAUGUUGAAAAUGAAAGAGGAGGAGCUCAAACAACUAGAAAAUUCGGCCCAGAUAUUUAAUGCCCUCUCUGGUAUACCAGGAGACAUAGACGACGUAGAUCAAUUAUUCAAAAUAUCCUUAGAAGUGGGUGGUUCCUUAUCGGAUGUCCUUAUCGAAACCCACAGAAGGCGUCACUUGGCCUUCUUGAUGGCCGAUCAAGGAGUUUUGGUCGGCAAUCCAGACGCUGCGCCAAAUUUACCGAAACAGCAUUUAAACAGACGUCAAAUGAAGCGAAAUAAAUCCGCGCUGCAAACCUUUUUAUUCGGGGAAGACAGUAAAGAAGAUAAUGCAAAAUGUAAAAACAUUCGUCAAACAGAAAUCCUCGUCGACCUGAGGGAAGCGGUUCUUCAAGUAGCCCGGCACUUUAUAAACGUAGACCCGAAAUUAAGGAACGUCACGUUGGUCGCCGAUUACAACAUGGAGAGUCAUGCCAAAGACCACGACAAUUACGUGAACGUGUCGCGAACUCGAAAGAGAAGAGCGAAAGCAUUGUUAGAUUUCGAGAGGCACGAUGACGUAGAACUGGGCUUUAGAAAAAACGAUAUAAUUACGAUAAUCAGUCAAAAGGACGAACACUGUUGGGUCGGGGAACUCAACGGACUCCGAGGUUGGUUUCCUGCAAAGUUCGUCGAGUUACUAGACGAACGAAGUAAGCAGUACACGUGUGCAGGGGACGACGCCGUCAGCGAAGCAGUGACCGACCUAGUCCGAGGCAGUCUUUGUCCAGCAGUAAAAGCCGUCCUGGAACACGGAAUGCGCCGGCCGUCCUUUUUAGGAGGCCCGUGCCAUCCGUGGCUCUUUAUCGAGGAAGCGUCCAACCGAGAAGUGGAGAAGGACUUCAACUCCGUCUACAGCCGCCUUGUACUGUGUAAGACGUAUCGGCUAGACGAGGACGGGAAGGUUCUCAUGCCCGAGGAGCUCCUGUACCGUUGCGUUCAAUCGGUGAAUUUGACGCACGAUAAUGCCCACGCCCAAAUGGACGUGAAACUACGAUCCUUAAUAUGCCUAGGACUCAACGAACAAGUUCUGCACCUCUGGCUGGAGGUUCUCUGUUCCUGCGUCGAAGUUGUCCAAAAAUGGUAUCAUCCUUGGAGCUUUAUAAACAGCCCCGGGUGGGUGCAGAUAAAGUGCGAAUUAAGGAUACUUAGCCAGUUUGCAUUUAACUUGAACCCCGACUGGGAAUUACCUCCGAGGAAGGAACAGUCGCAGCCUCUGAAAGACGGAGUACGAGACAUGCUGGUUAAGCACCAUCUAUUUAGCUGGGACCUUUAAUCUUAGAGAAUAUUUUAUAUAAAAAGAACAAAAAAAAAGAAGAAGAAGAAGAAAGUGUAUCGUGUACAUGCUUUUACGUGUAUAUAUAUUUAUUCAUUUUUACAGUCACCAUUAGAUCUGACUUGUAUUCAUACUUUAAACCCACCGUCAUAACCGAUGCACUUGUAAAUACGACUCCCUUAACGUGCACAGCGUGAGCCACGAAUUAGUCAUUUUUUAAGGGGGGGAAAAAAAAAAAGAAAAACGAUUCGACAUAAGGCGGCAAACUUCAAUGAUUUGUGCAAGUGUUUGAUUAACCGCAGUGGCCCCAGAAAAUGUCUAAACAGAGCUGAACUUUGUAAAUAAAGAUAAUUUCACGCCCGUUACCAGCCCGUUGCGUCUUCUUAGUAAAAUCGUUGUCAACCAUCUACUACAACAGGAGGACAUCCUACGAAUAAAUAAUGGCGAGUGUCUUUUUCACAUUA